CCGAUUCGAUUCGACCAACUUUGUAAAUAAAUACCGCUGUAUGAAUCUCAUUCUGGCAACGUGGUUGAUUUGUUAAAAGACGAGGGUGUUUUUUACAUUCUUCUGGGGUCGUUAAAUUUCUAAUGCGCAGAGGCAGACAAGUUUCAAAUCGCCGUCCCAACCAAACGCUGCAUUCAUGACGUCAUAGUGACUUUCCGCGAGAAUGCUCUGGUUUAACCAUGGACUAAAAAGAGUAUAUUAGGCCAUGGGUUUAACAACGCUUUAAACCGCUGCAUCGCUAAAAAACAGCUUUAACCUGAAAAAGCUAGUGGUUCUGACGUCUGCAUCCUGAAAUGACAUUGGUUUUUUUAAUAAGAAGCAAAAAAAGAAAACUGGACAGUUACAGGUUGUUCAUAAGUCGCCUUUGUCGGAUUAAAUAACCAAAGACGCUGUUUCGGGAAACGUUUUUCGCCAAACAUCGUUUCGGAACGUCGCCCAGUUACAUUUUCCACCAAUCCACAUUUUGGUUUUCUAGAAGGACCUGUUCACGGUUGUUUAACCGCUUCUUGUGUUAUAAUGUCAGCGAUUGUAAAAGUUGAAACCAAACAAGAAGAAGAAAUAUUUGCUUCUCUGGAUGCCAAAGUUUUACUUAGCAAUGACAUCUCCGUAACAAUCAAGCGUGAAGUAAAUGAAAGUACGAUUAAUCAGGGUUAUUCUAAUGAAAAUAAGAUUCAGCAAGAAAAUGAAUUAGUAAUUGAACAUUCUAAGGAUUUAUCAUAUGGUGGGCGACUGGGACUGGGAAUUUUUUCAAAUUUUAAUUGUGUGCAGUGUGAUUUUGCAAGUAAAUAUAAAGCCAAUUUGAUAGUACAUUUAAGAAGACAUAAGAUUACUAAGGAUAUGCAAUGUUUUCAUUGUAACUAUGCAACUAAUGAUAAACAAAGUCUUCGGAGACAUAUGUUAACACAUAAAACUGAUAAGGAUUUAAAAUGCGCACAGUGUAAUUAUGCAACUAAUCAUAAAUCAAUCUUUAAAAGACAUUUGUUAACACACAAGAAUGUCAAGGAUAUCAAAUGUGCACAGUGUGAUUAUGCAACCAAUCUUAAAACAAACUUGAAAAAUCAUCUGUCAAUACACAAGAUUGUCAAGGAAUUCAAAUGUGCACAGUGUAAUUAUGCAACCAAUUGUAAAAAUUACUUUAAAAGACAUCUGUUAAGACACAAGACUGUCAAGGAUAUCAAAUGUGCACAGUGUGAUUAUGCAACCCAUAACAAAUCAAUCUUUAAAAGACAUCUGUUAACACAUGAACCUGCCAAGAAUUUAAAAUGUGCGCAGUGUGAUUAUUCAACUAAUAGUCAAUCGAGCUUUAAAACACAUCUGUUAUCACACAAGACUGUCAAGGAUAUGAAAUGUGCACAGUGUGAAUAUGCAACCAAUUAUAAAACACACUUUAAAAAUCAUCUGUCAAGACACAAGAUUGUCAAGGAACUCAAAUGUGCACAGUGUAAAUAUGCAACCAAUUGUAAAUCAUACUUUAAAACACAUCUGUCAAGACACAAGACUGUCAAGGAUGUUAACUGUGCACAAGGGAUUAUGCAACCAAUGACAAAUUCGACAGUGUGAUUUUGUAACCAAUUACAAAGUCAGUUAAAAAAAAUCAUCAGUUGCCAAGGAUUUAAAAUGUGCGCACUGUGACUACGCAACUACUAAUCAAUCACUCAUUAAGACACGAGACCACAAAACACAUAGCAUAUAAAUAAUACAUACAUUUAAAAUAUACAUAAUAUAUUGUUAACAAAGAUUUAAAAAAUAAACAUAAAUUGGAACAUA